AUGCUCGCUUCACAAGGGACGCCAUCAUCGCUCAUCGCUCUGGCCAACCAGUACUGGCCAGUCGUGGUCGGUGGUCUACUCGUCACAUGGAUUGUUUCGCAGCGGUAUCUCACGCCGUUGAGGAAAGUCCCGGGGCCGUUCUUCGCAUCAUGGACCCGUCUCCCUCGGUUCUUUGCUGUGCUGAGAGGAAAGCCGCAUGAAUGGGAACUCGAUCUGCACCGCAAGUAUGGCAAGAUCGUGAGGACAGGACCAGAUCUCGUCUCUGUAGGCGACCCAGCCGCUAUCAACGUUAUUUACAACGCGAAUGAUAAGUUCAAGAAGUCAGCAUUUUAUACUCCAUUUAUGAUUUAUGAUGACGAAGGAUUGAUUCCGGAUCCAUUGGUCUUGAUAGACAAGGCCCAACACACACGCAUGAAGAAGAACGCAUACAAUGCCUACUCAAUGGGAGCUAUGCUACAGUUAGAGCCCCUUGUCAAUGAAGUCACAACACGGUUCUUCAACAUCCUCAGCGAUGUGGCUGAGACCCCGAGUCGAACAUGUGAUCUGGGUAACUGGCUACGAUUUUACGCAACCGAUGUCAUUUUCUCCGUCACAUUUGGCGAGGAUCUGAAGUUCAUGGAAAAGGGCGAUCCCAUUGGCAUGAUGCCAAUGCUUGAAUAUCUUGCCGGGGACUAUACAGCUAUCGUCGGUCAAAUGCCAUGGCUUCACAGACUUCUGCUCGGAAACAGCCUCGUUUCCAAGAUUCUGCUGGGAAACAGUUCUCUCGACGGUGCAACCUUCGACCUGGCCGAAAAGCAAGUCGCCAAGUUCCGCGAGAAGAUGGCAGCCCAGCUAGUAACCGGACCUUGCAGCUUCGUGCAGCGACUUCUGGAACAACAAAAAGCCAACCCAGAAACUAUCACGGACCGCGAACUCAAGACCCACGCUUUCGGCAACGUCACCGCAGGAGCAGACACCACAACAAUCGCCAUGCGCACAAUCAUGUUCGACGUGAUCAAACACCCGGAAGUCUACCGCAAACUGUCCAGUGAGAUCCGCGAUCAAGCCAAAUUGAGCCUCCCAGUAUCCUACGCCGCCGCCAGUGCCCUCCCAUAUCUCGAUUCGGUGAUCAAGGAAGCUCUCCGCAUCCACCCACCCAACGGAAUCAUGUACGCCCGGACCGUGCCAGCCGAGGGCGCCACGAUUUGCGGCAAGUUCAUCCCCGGCGGCACAGAGAUUGGCAUCAGCCCUUGGGUGGUGCACUACGACACAGAGCUGUUCCCCGAGCCCGAGAAGUUCCAGCCGGAGCGCUGGUUGGCGGAUGAUGCCAACUUGGUUGCGGCGAGACGGAGAUCCAUCUUUGCGUUCAGUGCUGGCUCGCAUACCUGUCUUGGAAAGAAUAUCAGUUUGAUGGAAAUCACCAAAUUGAUUGCGUCGUUGUUCGUGCAGUAUGACUUCGCGCUGGUCAAUCCGGAUUCGAAGUUGUCGUUCAAGUGUCGCUGGUUUACGCCUCAGACUGGUUUGAUGGUUAAAGUGACAAAGCGACAUGCUUAG